AUGCAUCUUUUUCUUGGUUUUCUGGUUUCUUGCUUGCUCAGUGUUGGUUCCGCGACGGUCUUACACAGGCAUGGUCACCAGGGUCGACACAUCCAUGCACGACAGGAUUGCGCGACGGUCGCCGUCGUCUUCGACAAGCUGGUGACUACACAAUGGGGCGAAUCGGUUUCAAUUGCUGGUUCCAUCCCCGAAUUAGGGAAUUGGGAUCCUAAUAGCGGCGUGCCACUUAAUGCUGAUCAGUAUACGGACGAUAAUCCACUAUGGUCGACGACAGUCGACCUACCAGCUGGCACGAAUUUCGAGUACAAGUACGUGGUUUUUGGUGCAGACGGCAGUGUCACUUGGGAUGCGGAUCCGAACGAGAGUUAUGCUGUACCGGUCGCGUUCGGAGCGGAUGGCAGUGUCACAUGGGAAGCAGAUCCGAACCACAGCUAUACAGUGCCCUCGGCUUGCGCGAGCAUUCAGAGUGACACUUGGCAAUGCGUCAACGAGCCGUCUGCGCGAGGCUGUUGGUCUGAGGGGUACAACAUCAAUACAGACUUCGAUGUGAACUGGCCAAACACGGGGGUGACGGUUUAUUACGACCUUACGAUCGCAUACACCACCCUAGCACCAGAUGGGUUUGCGCGGACCGUGACGGCAAUCAACGGACAGUAUCCAGGACCGACGAUUGAAGCCAAUUGGGGCGAUACAAUCAGUGUCACUGUUGCGAACCAACUACCUGAUAACGGCACCUCUAUCCAUUGGCACGGGUUGAGGCAGUUUCAGAGCAAUUCGCAAGAUGGUGUGCCAGGCGUGACCGAGUGCCCCAUCGCACCCGGCCAGUCAAGGACCUAUACCUUCCAGGCCACGCAAUACGGAACAUCAUGGUACCAUUCCCAUCUCUCGUGCCAAUAUGGUGACGGCGUGCUUGGCCCGAUCAUCAUUCAUGGUCCAGCUACCGCUAACUACGACAUCGAACUCGGGCCGCUUCUUGUCGCCGACUGGUACUAUGGCGGAGUCAGUAUGCUUGCAGCGCAAUCACAGCAUGAGAACGCUCUUCCUCCGGAGGCGGACAAUGCUCUCAUCAACGGCAUGAUGGUGAGCAGCUCUGGUGGCUCCUAUCACAUGACGCCGCUUACUGCCGGCCAAAGGCAUCUCGUGCGGCUCAUCAACACGGCCGUCGACAAUCACUUCGUUGUGAGCUUGGACGGCCAUACUCUGGAGGUUAUUGCAACGGACUUUGUUCCUGUCGUGCCAUACACGACAGACACGCUCUUCAUAGGAAUAGGCCAACGGUACGAUGUGAUUAUCACCGCAGACCAAGCGCCUGGUGCCUACUGGUUCCGGGCGGACGUGCAAGACACCGUGCAGUGCGGGAGUAAUUUCAACAAUGGCAACAUUCGGUCCAUCUUCGCCUACCAGGGCCAUGAGUCAGAAACACCCAUCAGCUCGCCAUACAGCUACGAGCAGCGCUGCACGGAUGAGACCGGUCUUACUCCUUAUUGGAACUCCUAUGUCCCUGUCGGCCAGAUUGGCACGUUCACCGAACUUACGACGGCCCAGUAUCAAGUGCCACAAAGCGACGGCUCGCUCAACGUGUACUGGAAGGUCAACGGGUCGGCGUUCAAUGUGGAUUGGGCUCAGCCGACGCUGCAGUAUGUGCAGACUGGGAACACUAACUAUCCUAGCGACUUGAACCUCAUACAGCUCCCACAGGAGGGCGCAUGGGUGUACUGGGUGAUUCAGGAGGUAGCCGGAGAUCCCUACUUCGUCGCCAUUCCGCACCCUAUACAUCUUCACGGACACGACUUCUACAUCUUGGGGACAGGCACAGAUACCUGGACCGCGGCUGACGCGGACAACCUCAACUACGACAACCCGACAAGACGAGACGUAGCCAUGCUGCCCAGUGGUGGCUGGCUCGCUUUAGCAUUCCAGCUGGACAACCCGGGUGCCUGGCUGAUGCACUGUCACAUUGCCUGGCAUGCCGGCGAAGGUCUCGCCCUGCAAUUCUUGGAGUCGCCAGGCUCGAUCAGUUCCAUACCUGCGGACUUCGACGAUCAAUGUAAUGCUUGGAGCAGCUAUUACGACAGUGAUCCCUCGUAUAUGCAACAAGACUCGGGUAUAUGA